GGCCCCUCUCCAGUGACGUCAGCACUGCCUAAAAAAGCGCCCCGGCAGGCUGACAGGGCAGCGGGCUGGGCAGCGGCGACCGCGGACAGCAGCAGCGCGCCCCGCCGCCGACAAUGGUGUCCCCCGUCACCGUGGUGAAGAGUGAAGGCCCCAAACUGGUGCCCUUCUUUAAAGCCACUUGUGUCUAUUUUGUCCUCUGGCUGCCAACUUCCAGCCCUUCCUGGUUCAGUGCCCUCAUCAAAUGUCUGCCCAUCUUUUGCCUGUGGGUUUUCCUUUUGGCUCAUGGGAUUAAUUUCUUAGUGUCACACCGGAGUGCCAGCCGCAUCCUAGCAGGACUCAUAUUCUCAGCAGUGGGAGAUGCCUUUCUGAUCUGGCAGGAGCAGGGCUACUUCAUUCAUGGUCUGCUGAUGUUCGCCAUCACACACAUUCUGUACUCUUCAGCCUUUGGCAUGAAGCCUUUGGACCUCAAAGCCGGCUUGCUGAUGGGCUUUGUUUCCAGUUCCUGCUAUGCCUUCCUGUACUCCUACCUCUCGGGCCCGUUCACCUACCUGGUGGCCGUCUACAUCGCCCUAAUUGGCUUUAUGGGCUGGCGGGCGGUGGCGGGCGUGCAGCUGUGCAACGACCUGUGGACGUGGACCAAGCUGUCGGCCUGUGUGGGUGCCAUGCUCUUCAUGGUGUCGGACCUCACCAUCGCACUCAACGAGUUCUGCUUCCCUGUGCCCUACUCGCGCUUCAUCAUCAUGGCCACCUACUACGCGGCCCAAAUGCUGAUUGCGCUGUCGGCUGUAGAGACCAGAGAUGAAGAGGACUUCAGGAAGAGGAGCUAGGUGGAAUGCUGAUAGUCUGUGAACACAUGGGUUAUAUCUCAGGUGCUGUAGCUGCAUUCACCCCUGAGAGAGAUCUCCAUUUCUCUAGGCACACUGGUGAUGUUGAUUUUGCUUCUUUGAAGCAUUACCUUUGAGAAUUAAAUUUUUUUCAUUGGCUUUCUCUGAAUAUAGCUUACUUCAUUGUGGAGUCCACAUCAGAAAGCUUAGACUGUCCCUGCAGUAGUUAUUCAUUCAGCUUUUCCUCCUUGGAAGUGCUGUACUACUGCAUUUUACUUGUUAGUCUUGAAAUUGAUGCUGAAUGUCUGGGAAGAGGAGGGCUGAUGGAAAGUAGGUUGGCACUGUGGUAAAAGACUUGCUCUUGGCUGUAGGCAGACAGGCGCAGAUCUCUGCUAAAGUCAUAGGUAAAAAUUAAUUUAACCGAUGUUUGUCUGUCUCUUUUUGUGCAUUACAAACUCAGUAUGCAAACUGGAGCUAUUCCUCUGCUGAAAGGAAGCUUGGAGGGAGAGUAAAACCAGGAUAUCCAUCUGGGAGCUGAGCUCUGGAGUCAAUGGCAGCAUGUGGGGCAGUACCCAGCAGAACCAGCAUGAAAGCAGAACCCUGAGCUGAGGGCACAGAGCAAGAGGUGUGCUGGCAGUGCUGUGUGCUUUGAUUGCAGUGAUCACUGCUCUAGGGCAGGUCUCUAGGUGCAAGUCAGCAUUGCUGCAUGUGGCAGCACUGUAGAGAGCAGCAGUUUGGUGGGAUUUCAGGGACAUCUCGGUAGCCAGGCCAGCGUGUUCUCCCUCACCACAUGCAUGCAGUUACACGGUGCCUGCAGCCACCAGUGAGAUGUAAUGAGCACACAAGGAACUUUGAUUUUUAAAGCAGAACUUACUCAUUGUCUUAUUUAGUGUAUGCCCUAAUUAUCCUUAGUAUGGCAGACGGGCACCAAUGUCCUACAACAUGUAAUAUUCCAUGUGCCCAUUAAGUUUUAGCAGCACUUUCAGUAGUACUUUGAGUACUGCUGCCUGCAGUAUCUUGAAUCUUUGUGUGAGCAUUUCCUGUGAUCAAGGCCCUGAUUUUGGAUGUAGAUUGCCUUGUUUUGCCAGCUGGUAGAAAACGAUCCUCUUUGCACCACUUCUUUUUUUUUUUUCAGAAAGCCCCUUUUCAGCAGAGCUUCCUGAAAAGCACUGUCCUUUGUGUUCAGCACGCCUGGCACUUCCUUCUCAAACUCACAUGGACUCACAUCGAACCCUGCUAGCUUUUUCCUUGUGUUGAGAGGAGCUGAGUGGGUCUCCCGCUCCUCUCCAGCCUCACCUGGUGUACCUGACAGGGAAUUGCCUUCCUAUGACUUAUUCAUCAGUGCAAAUGCAGCCAGUAUUACAGAAAUCUGGGUUAACUAUCCUAACCGCAUGGGGGCAUCUGCUGCUUUUCAGACAGGUCAGCUGCAUUAUGGAGAGGGAAAGCUCUGUAGGUAGCACAGCCCCGUGUAAUCCCUUCCUUUUAAUGCUGUUAUGUAAUACUGUCAGUAUUCAUUCAGUGACACAUCGGGGCCUGCCUGGAGUAAACAGCUAAGGGAAUUUAGAACCAUAAACCAUUUCAUUCAUCGGCAUUGCUUAUCUCCUGGCCACAGACUGAACCCUGCAGGGUAGCUCUCUGCAGAUAUCACCUGCUGUUACUCAGCUUGGCUGUUUGGAAAUCUCCUGCAAGUGACCCAGCUAAGAGGAAGUCUAAGCAUUUGGGGUGAACCCCACCAUCCUCCCAGCAUGUGAGCAAAUAGCACACUGCAGUCUUUGAGUCCCAGCACCUUCACAUGGGUCAGUCCAGCACACUCAGUCCUUAGCUGGCAGUUCUUCAGAGGAGCUCCCCCACAUCCUGAGCUUCCCUUUGCUUUGAGGGAAAUGCUUGUGUGAUAAAGUAAGCUCUAUUUAAAAGUCUUGAGUUUUGAUUCUCUUUUUUUCCUCUCUAGAAAUGAGUAGUCUUGAACUGCCUGAAAAUAGCUGAGUUGCUUUUCUGUGUGCUUUUUCUUCUUGGCUCGCUUUGCUGUCCUGCUCUACCAUCAGCCACUGGAUACUUGUAGAAAAGAGUCUUGAUAUAUUAUUAGGAGGCCUCUCCUCUCCGCUGGCCAUCAGAGGUGCAGUUUCUGGUGGCAGAGGUCUCUGGGUAGGACAGCAGAAACUUCUGCGGCCCAAGUAGGGUGUUGUGCCAUUGCUGUCCUGGAAUAGGUCACCUGGAGUGACCUGGCUGGGACACACUGGCCAGUCACACUGGCUCAUCCAAGUGCUGCAACAGCUUCAGCCUUCCUGGGAACAAGGCAGAGCCCCAAGCAUACAAAAGAAAGUCCUGGUUGGCUUGGAGGUUUGCCAGCAAAGGCUCUCAAUCUUCAAAAUCUCUCUGGCUCUGCAUUCCUCUUUCUAAUUCAUAUUACUUGAAUGAGGCCGUUUUCCUGGAGGCUCUUUCCUGCUGGGAAGAGACCUGCUGCUGUGGACUGUGAUCUAACACAAUUUUGAGAUGCCUAAAUCCUGAGAAGCACUAAGCAGUUGCUGACAGUCUAUUAAAUAACUUUUCUUGGGAUUAAAACUAUUCUCUCAACCCCAGCGAGGGCAAUCUUCACUUUGAAGUAGAGCAGAAAAGGAGUGGUGUUCAUAUGUGACAAAUGGUGUUGCUGUCUGGGGGGAUCCCUUUGUGGACUCUCCUGUUACCUCUUUGCACUGUAAAACUGGGGUUCAACACAUUCUCCUUUUCAGUACAGUCCUUUAGAAGCACCCAGUCUUUAGCCCAGGAAUUUUACAGAGGGAGUGAAGGUAUAGUGUUCCUGGCUCCAGCAGCAGCUACUUUUGUUGCAAAGCACAGAGGCUUUCUUUUCACCCUGCUGUAUCCAAACGUCUUUCUACCAUCCCUGUCUAUGGUCACUUGAGCUUAUGCACGUAGUUUGGUUACUUUCUGUAGUUAUCACCCUCUUGGAGGUCCUUUGGCUCUUUAAUUGGACAUACAAAAGAUGCAGCACAUUUACUUCAGCCUCUUUCUGUAGGCAGAUCCUCCUUGCACAGAACUCACAGAGUCAGUCAAAGAAGCAGCGCUUAUUGCAACUUGUUUUUAAGUGCUAGUAAUGCUUCUGGGCUGUGUCACAGGGUGAUGCUCAUGCAGAAACGCAGGUCAAGAAGAACAAAACCAGAGGAUUUUAACUUUAAGCUUUACUCUUGCUCUGUGCUGAGUACCUGGCUUCUUACUCCUCCAUAUUGAGGCAUCUGUAAAACCGAUUGGUUUAAGAAUUACUCUAAUGUGUCAUUUGAGUAGAUUGCUGAAGGUUUCAUGCUGUCAUCAGUGGAGAUAAUUUAUGUAUUUUUACACAAGUUUAUAAAACUCCCAGGAGGAACUUGGCAUUUUUAGUGGCUCUUCAAAGUUUUCCAGUCCUGCAGUUUGACACUAACACCUGCAUUUUCAUCUUGCUAUCGUGGUAUUUUUGGGAGCUGUUCUGGAAGAAGCAGAUCAAAGCAGACAGCAACUGUAGAGCUCAGUGGCGGGUGCCUCUUUGCUUGGUUUCUGAAUACAGGCAGGGGGUCUUUUAAGCAGAGGCGUCAUAGCUGUGUUCUUGGAAGAGGAUGGGAAGUUGCUGACUUCUCAUGACACAAAUCCUCCUGGGUAAUUCUCCUGCCUUUUAUCCAUGCUCGCUCCUUUUGUGGCCUUGGGUGAGUCACUUAAAUUUUCUGAGGCCAGGUCCACAUCUGGUGUAUGAGGGCCAGUGCAAUGCCAAGUUAUCCCAGCAGGGGACCAGGCCCUCACCCCAUUCAAAAAUGAAGAUAUGAGCCCUAACCUACCUCACAAGGAUAUUGUGAGGAUUGAUGCUCAUACAGCACUUUGGAGAUGUCAAGUGCUAUGUAAGUCACAAGUAUUAUCCAACUUUAAUGUUAAAAAUUCUUUUAGGGAUCUGCAGAACUUCACUUAAAGCACAGAAUGUGUGACUGCCUUUUCAAUUUGCUUCAGACAGAAAAAAAAUGCAAAGUAUUUAUUCAUGCUGGUUAACAGGAUGGGCUCAGCUACACUUGAACUCUGAGGGAAGUUUAGCUUAAAAAUCUGAACUCUAAUUUCAGUUUUGCUAAUGGUUUUUAGUUCUUCUAAAAGCCUUGAUCAAAUUCUUAGAUGUGAACCUUGCAUCCAGUUUUUGCAGUCUGGUCUUGUCCCUCACUGUUAGCUAGAGUAAAUAUAAUCCAGCCAAAACAGAGUUCCUCACAGUCUGCUGUGGCUUUUGAAAAAGCUGGGACAGAAAAUGAAGUCAUUCUGUUCAACCUUCAGUCUGCAGAAGGUCAGCUGGGUUUCAUGAGACAACUUUCAAAGGGAUGUUUAAUUUCUCUGAUUGUUUUACUGGCUUUAAAAUUAGCAGAGAGAGAGAAAACCUUGAUGGAAUCAAUAAGGUCAGCACAUCCUUCUUCAAUUCCUUUCUUUUCACCUGAAUGAAGGAAGCAGUGGGUGUUGUAGCAAAGGGAGUGCUUGUACCACCAGUCCUAUGGCCCAGAACAAAAACUGAUCUAGAAAUACAGCUCUCAACCAUGACCAUGUUCUCAACUAGGAUAAAAGGUGCCGCUGUUCACUGAUCUAAAUCUGGACCACAGCUAGAAACUACCUAGUUUUUGUAGCACUAGCUACUGUACAAAUGCAAAUGAAGGCAAGGAGUUACACACCAAGGAAUGUGAGCUGUGUCAAAUGGAGCAUAAUUUUGAAGCAGCUGCAGUAAAAUCUUAAUAUGAACUCAGAAGCAAACACAAUGCAAAUUUUUAUGGUUUCUUUAAAAUAUUUGAUAGGUUUUCAUUUUCUUAGUUUGGAGAAAUUUUUUUUAACUUUAUUUUUGCUCUUACUGUAAAGAAUAAAAAUACACAACUCUAGACAGACCAUAAAUGAAAAAGAAGUGGCCAGUUGGCAGGAAUGCCAAAACUUCUGUGGCUUGUAUUGUUUCUGUGGUGACACUGUGCUGCUGUCGGGUGAGCUACUGGAGUGGUGUGAUGGCUCAAAAGUGAGGCUGAAGCACAGGAUGCGAGGUUGAGCCACCAAGACUUCAGUGAGAGCAUGACUGGGCCAAUUUGGAUCAGUCAAAAGACAGAGCAUAACGAAAUAAAAGACACUUUUUCCUGACAGAAGAAAAGCAAGAAACCAAAACCAGCCCAUUGGGCAAUGGUGCUGAAUCAUUGCAAAUAUAUUAGACCCUGCUGGUGCAGGUUCCUGCUGGACCAAGCCUUGCUCCUAAUUCAGCUGGGGAGGCUUGCUCCAGGCUUAUGGUGCUGGCAGGGUCAGGCCAGCAGAACCUGAAGCUUUGUUAAAUACAACUCGAAAACCAGAAAGCAAGAACCAAAACAAGAACAAAAUCCCCAAACCACAAAAAAACCCCAAACAAACAAAACAAAAACAAGGGAGGAAAAAGCAAAUGCCACUGGGUAAAUGGCAGUUCUGCCUGCCUGAGAAUGCAGAGUGGCUGGUCUGUCCUGAACACUAAUCUCUAUGUCCUGGACCUGUGUGUCUCUUGCUCCAGCCCCUCUCCCACACAUUCCAGGCAGAGUGCACUGAAAGAUGUGACUGAAACAGCUGCUUUCCUCUGGGGAAUCAAGCACUUUGCCAUGUCUGAAAGUCUCUAGCACUUUCUUUACUGUGAUUGUAAAGGUCACCACAUACACUACAGCCAGUUGAUCUGGGUUCUCUUCUUAACACAUUUUUAUGCUGAUUUUACUAUUUUAAUUCUUUGUCUGGAAUGUAACUUUUUCCCCCCUCAUUCUUCUGUGUGUAACAGCAAUUAAAAAUAUUAAUUUACCAUGUAUUUUUACUGUGC